AUGACUCACAGACAUGGAAUAUGGACCUUGAGUGUAUUUGGAGAUAGUGCAGCGAUGUUCAAGGGGGGCAAAAAAGUAUAUAAAUCAUGGCUUGAGGCCAUACAUCUGUUAUUCCAAGACCUUUCUUUGUAUCUCAAGAUCAAUCAAUUCCUAUCACCGCUACUCUUUUUAUCUACUAUUGAAAUACAAAGAUACUCCAAUACGAUGCUAAAUAUAGCUGCGACAAAUGAGGCGCAUUUCAAUGCCGCUGCUUCGACAUACGAAACUCGUUUCGCAGAAGCCCUUCGAAUUAUUGGCAACGAAGUUGGAGAACGCUCCAGAUGGAUUUACCCGCAAUGGGGUGAUACGACUGGCGAUGUCAAGCCAUUCAGGAUGCUUGACUAUGCAUUGCUACCUCAUGUUUCGGAAGCCAUUGGAAUUGACAUUUCCCAAAACAUGGUUGAAGAAUAUAACAAAAACAUUGCUGCCCUGGGGUUACCAACAAACAAAAUGUUUGCUAAAAAGGGAAAUCUGCUGUCAGAUAAGCCGUCUGAGGGAUUCUCUGAGCCAGAAUAUUUUAAUUUCGACCUGGUAAUCAUCGGGUUUGCUCUCCAUCAUUUCAAGUCCCCCGACCUUGCUAUGAAGAGGCUUGUUGAAAGACUAGCACCUGGUGGGAUCUUGGUAGUGCUGGACUUCAUAGAGCACUCGAUCGAAGUUGAACAUGGAGUUACAGCUUCUGGUUUUGGCCCUGACCUAAGACGGCAAUUUGAAGACGCCGGUGUUGGGGACGGGUUUGAUUACGUGUUACCAGAUAGAGGAGUCAUGCAUGGAAAGCCUCCUAAGGAGCUGCGGUAUUUCCUCGCUCGUGGGGAACGCCCGAAGAGUGUCACAACACAGAGCUAG